AGGAGCAGCCGCCGCGCCCUCGCUCCCACACGGUCACCACCACCAGCAGCUCCUUCACCGCCAACCUGUCGGCCAGCUCCAGCACCCUCGCCUACGACCGGGAGUUCCUGCGGACCCUGCCCGGGCUCCUCAUGGUGACCGAGAUCGUAUUGGGGCUGCUGGUGUGGACCCUGAUUGCUGGAACAGAAUACUUCCUAUAUCCAGCCUUUGGCUGGGUGAUGUUUGUGGCUGUGUUUUACUGGGUUCUCACCGUCUUCUUUCUGAUCAUCUACAUGACAAUGACCUACACCAGGAUCCCCCAGGUGCCAUGGACCACAGUGGGUUUGUGUUUUAAUGGCAGUGCCUUCGUUUUGUACCUCAUUGCUGCUAUUGUAGAUGCAUCUUCAGUUACCAAAGAACUGGACAGUCACAAUUACAACAGCUGGGCAGCUUCUUCAUUCUUUGCCUUCGUGGUUACCUCCUGCUAUGCUGGAAAUACCUAUUUUAGCUUUAUAUCUUGGCGAUCACGAACAUUGCAGUAAAUAUUUCAUUAAAGUGCUUUCUGUAGUAUAAAACAUCUUGAGGAUUACACUCUUGACAAAAGCUUGGAAGAAGGAUAAGGUCUUUUUGAAUGCUUCUGCUAGGAUAUAUGUUAAACUGAGAUUAAAUGAAUAUUUAUAAUACAAUUCCAUCUUUAGAGACAUCUAACGCUGACUUUGUACUGUACAAUAAAAUUUCAUACUGCUUCCUUUAGAAUUAACAUGGUAUUUUUCUAGACAUUGUAUAGAUGAUAUUACUGAAGUUUUAAUAAAGCUUGCUCAGACAAUGUGCCAAUUUUGUAAAUGUAACUUUUAAAAUGUUACAGGUAUACUUUUGAUACUGACUGCUACAAAUCAAAACUAAGAUUGAUACUGUCUUAUUAUUAUGUAUAAAAAGUGACAUUGUGAAGAAAAAACCCACCCAAAACUUUAAAAAUAAAUAAA